AUGGCUCAGGAGACUCCAGUUUCAACUUUAAUGAAUCUUUGCGCAGCGAAAAAAGUGCCAUGUCCCAAAUUCACUUUGGUUCACGACGGAACAGCCACUAUAAAUCCCAUCUUUAAAUAUGAAGUGUGCCUGGUGUUAAACGAGACUGAAAUAAGAGCUAUCGGUACCGGUUCUUCAAAGAAAAUGGCUAAGCAUGAUUGUUCAAGAUUGGCCCUUAAGAAAAUAUCAGAAAUGAACCCAAUUCAGCCACACGUUUUAGAGGUUAUAGAAACCGAUGCAGGGAAACCUUCUACAAGAGUUCAUGAAUCAGUACAGGAGCUUAUCGAUUUUUGUCGUAAAAGAGGUUUACCAAUACCUGAAUAUACUUUGAUUGGUGAUAUAGGACCAGCUCAUGCUAAACAAUUUACUAUGCAAUGCGCUGUGUCUACUUUUAAGGAAACUGCCACUGCCUUUUCCAAGAAAUCUGCUAAGCAUUUAUCAGCUAAAAAAUGA